AGAAAUAUUUAAAAUUUUCAUUAUGGAGAAUAUUAUUGUAAAAGAACCACUUCAAACAUUAUAAUAAGGGUCUUGUAAUUUGUCACUUUUUAUUGUCUUAAAAUAUACACUUUGGAAAAUCUAACUUACAAUAAAGAGUUUUAUAUUAUUCAAUUAACUAUUCUUACUGAAAAAAACUAAACAUUUCAACGGAUGUUAAUGGUUUUCAAACAAUCCAAUUAGUUUGUCUGAAGAAUGUGAACUUAAAUCGAACAAAGCUGAAGAAUUAGGGUGCUUCAUUUAGUAAAUCAAUUUUUGUUUGCAAAAUUUUCGAAAAUAUGCACUGUAUUAGGAGAAUAGAAAAAAUGAGAGAAAAUGUGUUUUCACUUUAAAUUGUACUCAAAUUCAGUCAAAACGUUCUCCAUUCGCAUAAGCAUUCGCAAAUCAAUUUGGGCACAAAUUAGUAAAAACUGCAAAUAAAUAUUUAUAGUAUUCUUAUCACUCAAAUAUCUUAUCUAAAAAUCGAGGUAGGUGUCAAUAACAAAAAAUAAAAGUUAAUCGUGGAGUAGAGACGAAGCAGGCCUGGUACUCUACAUUAAAGAUAAGAAGGAACGACAAAUGAUGAGCUACGAUGGAUUACUAUCACUUUCGCAGUUGACAGAUGAGAAGUUAAAUCUCAUUCAGGGGAGUACGACUCCACCUUCGCUAAAUACGGGUAAAACAAGCGUCAAAACUGCAUCAUCCAACGGGGCGGACAGUGUUGUAGUACCUGCACUGGUCGAUGUUACAGUUGAAGAAGAAGAGCAAGCUGCAACAAUACAAACCAUUCAGUUGCCUUCAGUCAGUAGUGAGAGUAACAAUGCAACUUUUAUAGGAAAUUUAAGUGCAUCGACCGCAGCAGCUACUGAAACAACAGCGCCUUUUAACACAUCAGCGGACGUAUUGAACGCGGAUAUAUCAACUCCGCUACGGAAAAUUUCUGCAUCAUCACGAUUUAUGAAUGCGUUCCAGCAAUUAUAUUCGACCGCAACUGCUACAAGCACAUCGACUGACGCAGACGAAUUCGAUAUUGGUGCGAAUUCUACAAACGGAAUGCCUGCAGUCAGCCGUACACCCCAUAAGGGUAUGGAAUCAAAGCUUUUGACAAUGUGGCAUAACGUUAAAUAUGGUUGGAGCGGAAAAAUCAAACCAAAUUUCUCUAAAGAGCAGCCAGUGUGGCUUCUGGGGCGAUGUUAUCACCGCAAAUAUACUCCACCAUCAUCCAUGGAGAGCUCUACUGAACUCACUACAAACUCUGGUGGGGUAAUUUCAACGUCAAUAAAUAGUAGCUCUUACGAAACGUCGGAGCAAUAUUUGACUGAUAACAGCGCUGUCCCCAUUACCAAUAUUUAUCCGCCACUCAAUGCACACCAAGUAGAUGAAAUAGUAGUCCCACAAGAAUUAGGUAUGGACGCGGUAGAGAAUCAAGUAGUCGACCAUCCAUGGGAGGAGGGUAUAGAGGGUUUCCGUCGUGAUUUUUAUAGUCGUAUUUGGAUGACUUACCGUCGGGAAUUCCCGACAAUGAAUGGAUCUAAUUACACAUCCGAUUGCGGGUGGGGUUGCAUGCUGCGCAGCGGACAAAUGCUGCUGGCACAAGGGCUGGUUUGCCAUUUCUUAGGAAGAAGUUGGCGUUACGAUGCCGAAACGCAGUUGCAUUCUACAUUUGAAGACAAUAUCCAUAAAAAAAUUAUUAAGUGGUUUGGCGAUAGUUCUUCAAAGAGCAGUCCCUUCUCGAUACAUGCGCUCGUUAGCUUGGGUGAAGAAAUGGGAAAAAGACCAGGCGAUUGGUACGGACCAGCAUCCGUUUCAUAUCUUUUAAAACAAGCUCUAAACACAGCGGCCCAAGAAAAUGCUGACUUCGAUAAUAUAGCAAUUUAUGUAGCUAAGGAUUGUACAAUUUAUAUGCAAGAUGUGGAAAAGGAAUGUCGAAUACGAGAGCCGUCCCCUCAAAAGCAUGUGCCCUGGCAAACAACACGGCGUGCUGAAUUGCCAAAAUCACUAAAACAACAAUGGAAAUCGUUAAUUCUAUUAAUACCACUUCGUCUGGGAACGGAAAAGCUUAAUCCCGUCUACGCGCACUGCUUGAAACUAUUACUGAGUACAGAAUAUUGCAUUGGUAUUAUAGGCGGGCGGCCAAAACAUUCAUUAUAUUUUGUUGGGUUUCAAGAAGAUAAACUUAUACAUUUGGAUCCUCAUUAUUGCCAAGAAAUGGUCGACGUUAAUCAGGAUAAUUUCUCAUUACAAUCUUUUCACUGUAAAUCACCUCGAAAAUUGAGGACUUCUAAAAUGGAUCCAAGUUGUUGUAUCGGAUUUUACUGUUCCACGAAAAUUGAUUUUGACAAUUUUAUGGAAAGUGUGCAGUUAUACCUACAUCCGAUGCGUUGUACCUCCGGAGCAAUAGAUAAAUUUACAUCUUCAUCAAAUACUGGUGGACACAGUGAAGGGUCUCAAUAUUCUGAAAUGAACUAUCCACUUUUCACAUUCUCACGUGGACAGUGUCCUGAAGAAGAAUGGUAUGCAAUCAAUGAUUCUCCCUACAAACCAUUGCAGCAACAAGUAACUCAAAUGAAGCAGGAGUUUGAUCAACAAAGGAAUAGAAUGCCAUAUAUUAAUGCGCAAGAAGAUGAUGACGAAGAAACUGAAGAAUUUGUAUUACUUUAAAUAUUUUUUCGAAUAAUUCAGCGUUUCUAUUUUGGUUAAGUGAAAUCCAUAGCUAUUCAUCUCAUUUUCAUUUAAUAUCUAAUUUUCUUUUUGUUAUAAACACAUACAUUUUAAUGCAGCCUUUCAUUCAUUUAAAUUUGUAAGUCAAGCGCCUGCAUAAUGUGAUUGUACAAAAAUGUCAAACUCUCACUGUUUAUUCAGAACUAAUUUUACAUUUACUAUAAUCUAAAGCAACGAAUAGUGUCCUAUCCUUUGCAUCAGUUGGAUUUAUUCUAAAAGAGUGCAUCCUAAACGUAUCUUAAACAUUAAGACUUACUUAAUUCUUGCAUAUUUAGUAACUCCUUUUUGGAUAAAUAUUUUAUACAUAGUUACAGUGUUACCUGUCUGCGCAUUUUAACUGAAACUCAUUUCAUAAGCUUUAUAUUUCCAUUCAAAUUGUAGAUUAAUAUGAUUGCCAAGAAGUUUGCCAAACAAUGAAUUGAAAUUGCAUAUGUAACCAUAAUUAUGAGUUAUUGCUUGCGAUAAAAAUGUUUUGCAUUAAUAUUAACUUCUUGUUAUGAUUCAAAUAUUUAUUACAUUUUAUUUACGUAUAUGGUGUGUUUCGAUGAACGUAAAAUAUAAUUCCAUGUGUUUUGUAUUUA